CGAGGGGAGGAGGGAGAGAGGACUCCGAAAGUGGAAUCUGCACAAGCAACCUAAAGGGAAGAAUAAGAAAAACCCUGAAUCACUGUAACUAAACUCCAGAUGCAAGGCAAACUGCGACUUCUUCAAACUAAAAUAGAUCGCUUAAGGGCCAAAAUUAUAAAUUAUGAAGCAGAAAUGAGUAUCAAACAACUCCCAGCGGUUUGCACCUAGAGAAGAGAAGGAUCCACUGGAAAUAAAUAAACCCAGUCCAAACAACGCCUCCAAUAGGAGAAGAAAACCUCUACAACAGGACCCCUGAGAAAAGACAAGACGAGCACGCUGAGCGCCCGCCGCCAGGAUUCUGCGAACCUCCAAGGGUGCUGCGCCGGCCUCCGGCCUCCGGAGUUGCACUUCACUGCUCUCAGGACAUUAAUUACAUCCUUCACCUUCCAUUUGGGGGAGGGUGAGGAGAAAGGCACUCACCAAGCUGAGCGAAGAAGUCAGUGAAGAAGUCAGCGUGGGAACAAAGUUUAAGAAAGAAAGGCUGAAUGUUUCGCUUUGAUUUUUAAAUUUAUUUUGGAAAUUAAAAGACAUUUCCAGACGCCUGGGCAAUCUCGGAUGCAGACUUCUCGGGGUAACCUGAAUUUUUCUCUCUCACCCUCUCUUCCCACCCCCUCCCACGCAUUUCUCCUGCUCGCACAUCUCUAUUUUACUCUUCAAGAAAACGCGGAAAAAGUCUCAGCAACUACCUUUCUUUUUCAAAGAUCACUUACUUGCCCUGUUUUCUAGAGAAGGCAAAAGGUUUGCCAAGCGGGCGAAGGACACCGGCUGUAGCAUCAGCGGGUUAGCCCAGGUGGAAAGCAAGGGCGAAAGUGGGGCUGAGGGGAGCGCACUCACUCUUCCGCAAGCCGCAGGGCCACCACCAGCGCCUGAGCCUUGGAUCCCUCAACGUACUGCGAGACGCCGGUGUAUAGCCCGGACCUGUGCCCCAAUAUGAUUGCCGCUCAGGCCAAGCUGGUUUACCAGCUCAAUAAAUACUACACCGAGCGGUGCCAAGCGCGGAAGGCAGCCAUCGCCAAGACCAUCCGAGAGGUCUGUAAGGUGGUCUCGGACGUGCUAAAGGAAGUGGAGGUGCAGGAGCCUCGCUUCAUCAGCUCCCUGAGCGAGAUCGAUGCCCGCUACGAGGGACUGGAAGUCAUCUCGCCCACAGAGUUCGAGGUGGUGCUCUACCUAAACCAGAUGGGCGUCUUCAACUUCGUGGACGACGGCUCGCUGCCGGGUUGCGCGGUGCUCAAACUGAGCGACGGGCGGAAGCGGAGCAUGUCUCUCUGGGUCGAGUUCAUCACAGCGUCGGGCUACCUCUCUGCACGCAAGAUCCGUUCGCGUUUCCAGACGCUGGUGGCUCAGGCGGUGGACAAGUGCAGUUAUCGGGAUGUGGUCAAGAUGAUCGCAGACACCAGCGAAGUCAAACUGCGCAUCAGGGAGCGCUACGUGGUGCAAAUCACACCCGCGUUCAAGUGCACCGGCAUCUGGCCCCGCAGUGCUGCCCAGUGGCCUAUGCCCCACAUCCCCUGGCCUGGCCCAAAUCGAGUGGCGGAGGUCAAGGCGGAAGGGUUCAACUUGCUCUCCAAGGAGUGCUACUCACUGACCGGCAAACAGAGCUCUGCGGAGAGCGAUGCCUGGGUGCUACAGUUCGGGGAGGCGGAGAACCGCCUGCUGAUGGGCGGCUGCCGAAACAAAUGUCUCUCGGUGCUGAAGACGCUGCGGGACCGCCACCUGGAGCUGCCAGGCCAGCCACUCAAUAACUACCACAUGAAGACGCUGCUGCUGUAUGAGUGCGAGAAACACCCGCGGGAAACAGACUGGGAUGAGGCUUGCCUCGGGGACCGGCUCAAUGGCAUCCUGCUGCAGCUCAUCUCCUGCCUGCAGUGCCGCCGCUGCCCUCACUACUUUCUGCCCAACCUCGACCUUUUUCAGGGCAAGCCCCAUUCGGCCCUGGAGAGUGCUGCCAAGCAGACCUGGAGAUUGGCCAGGGAAAUCCUCACCAAUCCCAAAAGCCUGGACAAACUAUAGGGUGCAGGGGACUGCUUGAAAAGCGACACCGUUGGGAAUGCUCUCACACACAGCACACCACAACUCAGCGACAAACGGCUGAAACUCCAGACACAAACUUUUAUGUAAGCUACCUGAAAGAAACAGGGACAAGCAGACCUUCGUUAACUGACAACGAGAGAGCAAACCAACUAACCAAACAAAAUCACAUUCUUGCACAAAAGUGAUCGUUUUCUUCCAAACAAUGUGAAUUUAAAAGAUCAUACAAAAGAAGCAAUCGGGCUUUGCCACCACAAAACGAAACCCAAGGUACAUUUUCCAAUCAGUGUACAGCGGUCUCUCUCCUUUUCCUUCUUUCCCCCACUUCUCUCUCUCUCUCUCUCUCUCUCUCUCUCUCUCUCUCUCUCUCUCUCUCUUUCUCUCACUUCAUUUUGUUUUUGGUUGCCUGAAUGUUGUCACAAAGUGAUAAAAGUAUUUAAUUAUAUGUAAAUUUUCUCUUUAAAAAAAGUUUUGCUGAUGUUAAGUGUAUCUCAGUGCCAAUGUCAGAUCGUGCCCCUCCCUCUCUUGCACCUCUACCCUCACCCUAAGCAAUCUUGUUGAA